CAACAACUGCCUGAACACUGGAAAACAAUAGAGACAGCGCAGUAGGGCAGAGUUUAUUUUUUAACCUUUUGCUUUUUCGUUGUCGUGUCGAGUUAAACCAGGGGACAGAAGUCGGUUGUGUCUACUUCAAGACUCUUUGGGCAGAAUCUAAAGAAAGAGAGUUUACUGUGCUUUGUUUGAGGACUAGUUAGCAUACAGGCUAAGCUACAUCCGUAGCUGUAAUGUAACUGUGAGGAUCAGCUGUUAGCAGCACUGCUACUUUAAAAGUUACUUUUACUACUAAAACUCACUCGUAAAUGCCGAAGUUAUUUUGUGCUGGAUGGGUGUAAUGUUUACGCGUUUACCCAGCACUUUCUAACACUUCGUCUGUGUUUUUUUAUAUCUCAACUACGUCUUUGUCAAACUUCAACUGUGUGUCGGAAAAAUACGCGUUUAUUUUGCUGUUGUUAAAAGGGUUUGCUUUAAGAAAGACAACCUGAUUAAACGAAGUGUUGCGUAUACAUCUUUAUAAACGUAAAAGUUAACGAUAAACCGGGUUGAAGUUUUCUGAAGGGGAUUCCGUAAGUAACUGUUAAAAGUUUUAAACCCUUUUAAACUUUCCUCUGAUAUUAACGUUAUAUCGAGUCGAACGAAAUGUAAGUUUAAGAUGAAUAACUUAAUAUCUUUAGUUGACGUUUUCAUUCAUAAAAACUUAGUGUAUUUUAUUCUGGCUUGUCAGUACCCGGGUCUAGUUAGAUAAGGAGAUUGUUCUGUGAUUUUUGGGUUUGUGUGUGUGUGCGCGCGCGUCUUCGUAUCGUUUAGUUAAGAGGAAACUUUAGUCAAAUUUGUGAUUGACAAAAUAUAUAUUUAAGCGCUCAUAUCUGAACAAUGUGCCAUUUGUUUUGUUGUAUAAAGAGGUAGACAGUGAAUAAUGGAGGCAGUUGAGUGUGUUUUGUAAAGACGCGCACGCUCGCACACGCACCGUAACCGCACGAUUAGUCUUGAGUUGUGCUGGUAUCCGGAGACUCGAGAGUGAGUUUAUAACCCGCUGUUUUUCUUGAUGAUGGCGGAUUUUGUGGUGCCGCGGCAUAGUGCCGUCAUGGAACGCUUGCGGCGGCGGAUUGAGCUUUUCCGGCGGCAUCACACAGGUUGCGAGAACCGCUAUGAUAGCACGGCUAUGGAGCGGCUGGAGAUGGAGAGGCAGCAGACCAUCGCGCUGCAGCAGCGCUUCCUGCAGACCAAGGCCAAGCGCUCCAACAAGCACAGGCAGCCGCCGGCGGCAGCAGCGGCGAGCGCGGACCCGGUCGGGCAGAGAGGGGCGAGCGGGGGCGGCAGCGCGGAGAUAGCGGACGGAGGGAGUGGGACGCCCGGCGAGCAGAGCAGGAACAGCACGCUGAUUGCGUUACAGGAGACCGUAAAGAGGAAGUUGGAGAGUGCUGAAUCACCUCUAGGCCGUGACCAGGUGAAUGGUUACACCGAUGGCUACCCCCCCAAUAAAAAGGCCUAUGUUGAGGAUGCACUGGGUGGUCUUAAUGGGGUCUCAAAUGGUGUUGUGCCUCCUCUAUCACCCUUGGACACCAAACAUAAUGUGAACACUGAUGCCACGAUGGCCAAUGGGAACCACAGAGUGGUCAGUUCAGAGCACAACGGAGCAAGUUUAACAGACAAUGGUGCACUGCGUGGUUCAGAGUCCGAUUUUCGUCUAAAAGAACCGAAGCAGGAGCCGGUAGAUGAUACCUUGUCCUGCAUACUUCCCCAGGGAGGCGCAAAUGGAAACAACAGCCUCUUCCCUGACCUUAACCUGAAUGAUCAGGACUGGAGUGAGAUUAUGGAGGAGUUCAAUCGCUCUGUACCCUACGAGGACAUCCAGGAGCUCUUCAGCGUUAGUUUUGGAGAUCGCAAAGACCCAGAGCUCACAUCUGCUGCAGCUCAGAGCUUGAUACCACAAGAUCUGCCCAGCGUGAAGACUGAAAUUUCUCCUGCUACGGCUACCUCUGCCUUCGAGCAAGACUCUUGCAACGGUUCACCUCAGAUGAGACCAACUUCAUCUGGACCUCCACUUCAUACAAACUCUCCUGUAACAGCUCCGGCCACAUCGCCAGCCCUGCCUGUUCCACAUCCGCAACAGGCGUCCAUUCAGAGCAGAGCACUCCCGAAUCACUUGAUGCCCGUUCCCCCCAAAGACCUGUCUCCAGCUCAGCAGCUGCAGCAGUUGGCGGCUCGUGAACAGCAGAGAGCGAUAUUGCACAGUCAGCAGCAUGUGGUUCAAAAGCCACCGCAACAGAAACCUCCGCAACAGCAACCAACAAAGUUCCACCAGCAACCCAGCCACUCUACACCUUGGCCCCAAAACGCUCCCACCCAAAGUCAAAUGGGUGGAACGUUUGGACUUGAGAAGCCUACCAGUCCUUCUUUGUACCCUCAAGACUUUCCCAAUCCCAAGACCCUGCUCAUGCCAAACAAAGGUUCUCCUAAAGCGGGCGCUCCAGCUGGCUACAUGCAACCGGGUGGCCAUGCCAACAUGUUAAGUCACCCAGCAGCACCCACAGGGCCCCUCGGCCAUCCUUCCAACCCAGGUGCCCAGGCUGCCAUGUUGGACUUCAACAACACUAAACCACUGUCUCAUUAUGAGGACGGACCACCAGGGGCACCCAGGGGCCCUCCGACCACACAGAACCACAACAAACCGAACCAGGCUAUCCUAAACAUGAUGCGACAGCAACAGAUCCAGAAGCAAAGGACACCUGGCAUGAACUUCAGACCAGCACAUCUCCCACAUACUGUGCAGGAUUCAGGCUCCUACCCUCCUAACACGCAUGUUCCCGGCCCCAGCAGCACCAUGACCCCACAAACAAGUAGCAACAGCAUCCCGGCUCAUCAUAAUAAUCCUGCCUACUUGAAGCAGCAGCAGCAAAUCCAGCUGAUGAAUCAACAGAAACAAUUUCAGCUUCAGAGACAGAUCAUGGUUGAGCAGGAAAAGCAGCGGCAGCAGCAGGAACAGCAGCUGCAGAGACAUCUGACCCGUCCACCACCUCAGUACCAGGACCAACAGAACCCGCAGGCCCAGCAGAACCCAUUCCAGCAGCAGCAGCAGCAGGUCUCCCAGUUCACCAAUGUUCCGCCCUGCCUGGCCCAGCAGCACACCUCCAACUUCAGCGAACACACCAUCUCUGGUGCAUCUCAAUCAAUAGGAAAUGUAAACUCUCUCAGUGGCCCCGCUCCUGGAACACAGCGAAUGUUCUCUCAGACACAAGGCAUGAUGGGAAUGGGAGUUGGCCAGAAUGCUGGUCCAAAUACUGGUCCCUCUACAGCUGCCAGUCAAGCAGACAUGAGCCUUCCACCCUGCAGCAAUCUCGAUGUGCAACAGGUCCUCUAUGGCAACAUCUCUAUGCAUGCCUCCCACUCCAACCAGCAGAGACAACCAGUGUCCACCAUGUCUGCUGCUUACAGGCAGAAUGUUCUAGCAGCCCAGCAACAAGCACACUUGAAAAACCAGCCCAAUGCCGCCUUGUUGAAACAACAGCAACAGCAGCAACUGGCCCGUCUGCCCAACAGCAUGGCGAACGCAAUGGCUAAUAACAUGGGAUCUGCUAUGCCCACCUCCAUGCCGACCAGUAUUCCAGGUGCCUUGCCUGUCCAGGCUCAGUCCUGGCAGCAGCAGCCGCCCCAGCAGCAUCCAGCUCUCCAAUCUGGCUCUGCAAAUGGAGCCAUGCCAGCAGGUUUCCCCAACUCCAGCUUCCACAUGCAGUCAAGGUUGUCUAAACUUCCCAACAACACCCCGUUUCCCCAGGGGGGCAUGGGGAAUAGUGCGGCAGGUAGAACCUUAGGAGGUAUGAAUCCUGGACAAAUGAUAACUAACAUGAACCAGCAAAGGACAAAUAACCCAGGCAUGCCCCAACAGCUGCCACCUUCAGUCCAGCAGACAGCCCAGCAGGGCCAGCCACAAGCACCACCGCAAACCCAGCAGGUUCUGCCUGACUUGGGGCCCUUUAGCCAAGCACAGGCCGUAUCUAAUCGCACCACAGGACUUCAGUGCAAUCAGGCCUACCAGCUCAACAGGGCAGCCAAUCAGCAGCUUCAGUUCAGCUACAACACCCAAUCGGGAGGCAGCUUGUCUGGGUUUCCAGCCGAGACUGAUUUAGUGGAUUCUCUGUUGAAGGAUCAGUCCACACAACAGUGGAUGGAAGAUAUAGAUGAGCUUUUGGCCAGUCACCAAUAAGUGACCCCAAAGCUGGUGCCUUCGAUAGACGAGAUAGCGUGAACAUCCAAUUUUGGGUGUUUUCUGAAAUGGUGAACCUGCUUGCAUCAAAUGGUCAGAUCUGCUGUGUUGUCUUUUGAAUAUAUCUAUCUAUAUAUAAUGGUGUAUAUAAUGGAUGUCAAGUAGAGCACAGAGCCUGCCUCACAGAAGUGUUCUCUGGACUGAAAAUAUCAAAGAGGGAAACGCUCUACUACUGAACCUGUGGCUCAGUAAAACCACUGAAUUUUCCUAUAUAAUGAGUUUUUGCUCAUGAAUGCGUUCAGCCGUUCGUACAGUUGGGUUGCCUUUGUGUUCACUGUAGGCAUGAAGAAGCUAUGUUCAGUAUCAGGAAGGUCUUGACACUUCCGCAAGCCUUAUAAUUGCACUCUUGAAGAGGCACAAAAUGAUUUACAGUUUAAAGCAAUAGUUCUCAAAUAGUGCUCAAACGGUUCAAACCCAUAUGAUUUUAUUUUCUUCUUUCUUUCAUGGGGUGUCCAGUUUGUGAGGGCAACACUUCAGCAGUGUUUAGAUUCAAACCAAAUUAACCAUCAGUCUUUAGCCCAUUGAAUCAUUCUCUGUGUUGCACAGCCAUACCUUGAAUGAGAGGUUAGUCAGUCAUAAAUACUGGGACAUCGUCACAAUUCUUACAUUUUUGGCUCUAUACACCAACACCAUGGAUUUGAAAUGAAACGAUCAAGAUGUGCUCUAACUGCAGACUGUCAGCUUUAAUUUAAGGGUAUUUGCAUUGGGAUAAUGGGAGAAUAACACGCAUCUGGCCAUGGAACAGCUGAAAAGCCAAAUGUCCCAUUACUUUUGGUCCCUUAACAAGUGGGAGGCACAUAUGCAAACUGUUGUAGUUCCUACAGCGUUCACCUGAUUUAGAUGCAAAGACGCUCAAAUUAAAGCUGACAGUCUGCAGUUAAAACACAUCUUGGUCAUCAUUUCAAAUUUAUUGUGUUGGUAUAUGAAGAUAAAAUGUUAGAAUUGUUUCAAUGUCCCAAUAUUUAUGGACCUGACUGUAUGUAAACUUAAUCUAAGGUCAAAUCCCAACUCUGCCCCUUAGCCCUUCCCUUUCCCCUAACCCUUGUUUUGCGCAUUCAGGGCUAAGGGGGAAGGGCAAGAUGACCCUUAAAGCGAAGAUUUGCCAGGACCACACUAGAAAAUUUGUAUGAGUAUGAAAAUUUUCCAGAGUACACCAGCUACAAUGACAACAUGGCUGGAGAUGCACAGUCAGGAGAUGCACAAGCAUUUUUUGGUAUUAUUAAGAAUUUUUACAACAAACAAGCAUAUGUUUUAAUGCGUUAGUGUAUUACAAUCAUGCUUGUCCCCUUAGGGGUGAAUUUGAAGCCCUUCCUUUUACAUUAUGUUUCAAGGGCCAAGAGGAAGGCAUAUGGGGUAAAAAAAAAAAUAUAGAAUUUGGAUUGGGCUUUACUUGUUGCAAAAUUGUUCAUGACUUCUAUAAGUGAUGAUUAUGUACUAAACUGCUCUUCGCAAAAGCAGUUUAUUCAGUGUACUGAAGCUUCAUUAACAUUCUUUGAAAAACUAAUGUGGAAAGUGGCGUCCAGAGCAGGAUCUGACACCCCUGCUUUUAUAAGACACAGCAGGAGAUGUUUAUCACAAAUCUGACAACGUUUGUAUGAACAUUCUUCAGGUUGUCUCCUUUUAAAAAGAAAGUUAAAGGAGCUUGCAACAAGAAUUGCAAAAAAAAGUGAUUUUUUAAGUUUCAAGUGGUUUGUAGUCAUUGGAUAAUUUCACAUUAAACUUGUAAGGUAGAUUUUGUUUUAAUCAGGUUAUUACAGGAAUCGAAAGAACUGAUUAACUCUCGAGUGAAAAUGGAGAUGCAUAUGUUACACUACGUUAUUCUUUCUUUUUCUCUCUCUCUCUCUCUGGAACUAAACUAGUGAGACCAGAGAUCUAGAUUUCCAUGUUGGGGAGAGGGUUAAUAUUCCUGCGUUUCUCCCUUUGGUGUCUGAUGAUGUUACAUUGAAGGCAGGUCAGGUGCUGGUCUGAGCUGCGUCGCCUGAACUCUUGCUUCAUCUGAGAUUCUGUGACAGGAUUUCAUGUAUAUUUAUAUAUUUUUUUGUAUGUAUGCAGUUUCUAUUGUUCUGAAGAAGAUUGAUCUUAUUUUUAUAUGUACAUUGUUGCAAAUUUUUGUUAAGUAUUUUAUACUUUUAUUAUUGUUCUCUGAAAAACAAGAGUAUUGUGUAAAUAUAGUUCUCUAGAAAUGG